AUGGAGUUUGACCGAGCUUUGAAAGUCAACUUUCUGCCUCCAGCUCUCCCUUCCGUUCGCCUCCUCUCCCCUCUCUGGCUGACCGCAUUCCCAUCUGCUCUUGUUGGCUUUCACCCCCCCAGGCGCUCUGCUGCAUGGAGUUUGACGGCACCUUUAAGGGCAACACUUGGCCAUCCUGCGCUUUACCGCAUGGAGUUUGACGGGGCAUCCAAGGGCAAUCCGGGGUGGGCAGGGGCGGGAUCUGUACUGUGGGAUGAAGGGGGCAACGAGGUGAGUGGUGAUGGGCUCUUCUUCCCGUCAAUCCCCCCUCCCACACCCCCCGUCCUUCCUUCCCCUUUCCCAUUGUACCCACCCUCCCACUACCGCUUUGCCACCAGAGGGUGUGAGUUUGGGAGGGUGUGGGGCGAGGCACGUGCAACAUGGCUUGAACUCAUUCCGACCACUCCUCGUGACUCCUCCUCGUCUAUUCUCCUCCACCCCACUCCCCACCAGCUGGUGUGCAUGAGGGAGGGAGUAGGCCGGGGCACAUGCAACAUGGCAGAGUACCGGGCGUUCAUAGGAGGGGUGGAGCUCGCCUUGGCUCUCGGGAUCACCAGAUUGCAUGUGCAGGGAGACUCCAUGCUCGUGGUUAUGCAGGUGGGUCGGCUGGUGGGGUUCAUAGGGGGUGUGGAGCUGGCCCUGGCACUCGGCAUCACCAGAUUGCAUGUGCAGGGAGACGCAAUGCUGGUGGUCAUGCAGCGCUCCCCUUCUUUCGCAGCCUUGCUGCUGCCUUUGCGCCCGCCGUCGCCCGCGCCUUCCCCCCGCGACCUCGUCGUCGCCUCCGCGCCCGCGUCGCCCCGGCCUCGUCAGCCGCCGCCGCCCGCGCUGCUCCCCUCCGCGGCCUCGUCGCCGCCUCCGCGCCUGCGUCCGCCGCGGCCUCGCCAGCCGCCGCCACCCCGCUCCCCUCCGCGGCCUCGACGCCGCCUCCGCGCCCGCGACGCCGCGGCCUCGUCAGCCGCCGCCGCCCGCGCCGCUCCCCUCCGCGGCCUCGACGCCGCCUCCGCGUCCGCGACGCCGCGGCCUCGCCAGCCGCCGCCGCCCACGCAGCUCCCCUCCGCGGCCUCGACGCCGCCUCCGCGCCCGCGACGCCGCGGCCUCGCCAGCCGCCGCCGCCUGCGCAACUCCCCUCCGCGGCCUCGCCGCCGCCUCCACGCCCGCGACGCCGCGGCCGCGCCAGCCGCCGCCACCCGCGCCGCUACACGGCCUCGACGCCGCCUCCGCGCCCACAUCACCGCGGCCUCGCCAGCCGCCGCCGCCCGCGCCGCUCCCCUCCGCGGCCUCGACACCGCCUCCGCGCCCACGACGUCGCGGCCUCGUCAGCCGCUGCCGCCCGCGCAGCUCCCCCUCGCGGCCUCGCCGCCGGCUCCGCGCCCGCGACGCCUCGGCCUCGCCAGCCGCCGCCGCCCGCGCCGCUCCCCUCCGCGGCCUCGACGCCGCCUCCGCGCCCGCGUCGCCGCGGCCUUGCCAACCGCCGCCGCCCGCGCUGCUCCCCUCCGCGGCCUCGUCGCCCCCGCGCCCGCGUCGCCACGGCCUCACCAACCGCUGCCGCCUGCGCUGCUCCCCUUCACGGCCUCGACGCCGCCUCCGCAACCGCGUCGCCGCGGGCCCACCAGCCGUCGCCCGCGCCGCUCCCCUCCGCCGCCUCAGCACCACCUCUGCGCCUGCGUCCGCCACGGCCUCGCCAGCCGCCGCCACCUCCCGCCGCUUCGCAGCCUCGUAGCCACCUCCGCGCCAACCUCCGCUGCCUGCGCCAUUCCUCCACCUCCCCACCGCUUCCGCACCCGCGCCAUAGCAGCCCCACCAGCUGCCGCCACCUGCGCGCUUUCGUGA